GAUGUCUAGAGAAUCAUCGAUUUCUGAAGGAGGAGGAUGGGUUUAAUGGUUUUGUGCAAUGGAAGAUCAUUAAUUUUUGUGUGAAGUGGAUGAUGAGUUUAUAAGAGACAACUUUAACUUGUAUGGUUUGAAGAGCAAAUUCAAUUUUUAUAAGUAAUUUUGAAAUGUAUACUUUUUAAGUGAAGCUUUGGAUUUGAUUUUAAGUUCUGAGACACCAGAUGAUGAAGAUUUAGAAGAUGAAAGGUUCUUGGAAGUUUAUUAGGAGGCUACAGACUUAUAUGGUUUGAUUCAUGCUAGAUUCAUCAUAACAGCUAAAGGUAUAUAGAAAAUAUGAAUGAAGGUUUGGGAAUGAUGAAAGAAAAGUAUUUAGGAGGUAAAUUUGGAGCAUGUCCAAGAGUGUUAUGCGAAAGAUAGAAUGUUUUACCAGUAGGAAUGAGUGAGGAAUUACGUACUUCUAGAGUAAAGGUGUUCUGUCCUAGAUGUGAAGAAGUUUAUAUUCCAAAAAAGAAAUGUCCAGAUGUUGAUGGUGCUUAUUUUGGUUGUUCAUUUCCAUCCAUUUUUUUAAUGGUAAUUAUAUAAUAUUAAAAGAAUUAGAACUUCAUUUAAGAGAUUUAAAUACCUGCUAACAAUUAGACUUAUGUACCUAGAGUAUUUGGAUUUAGAAUUUACAAGAAAAAAGGAUCACGUUAUUAGGAUAAUUAAUAAAAGGCUGCUGAAAUUACUCAUUAUUCUGAAGAAUAAUUGAAAAAGUUAAGAGGGAAGAAUGAUCAAUAAACAAAAGAGGAUUAUGUUCAAAAGUGAA